CUGUUCAUGCUGCGGCCGCUGGAGAGAAACAUGAAGUUACUGUUUGCUGCUGCGCUUAUCGCGGGCUCCGUGAUCUUCUUGCUCUUCCCUGGGAGCUCAGUGGCAGAUGACAAGAAGAAAGGGCCGAAGGUGACCGAUAAGGUAUACUUUGAUUUAAAGAUCGGUGAUGAGGAAGUAGGACGUAUAGUAAUCGGUCUUUUUGGAAAAACUGUUCCUAAAACGGUUGAAAACUUUGUAACCUUGGCAACCGGAGAGAAAGGAUAUGGUUACAAAGGCAGCAAGUUCCACCGUGUGAUCAAAGAAUUUAUGAUCCAAGGAGGAGAUUUUACUCGUGGAGAUGGUACUGGAGGAAAAAGCAUUUAUGGAGACAGGUUUCCAGAUGAGAACUUCAAGCUAAAGCACUAUGGCCCAUUUUGGCUUAGCAUGGCUAAUGCUGGCAAAGACACUAACGGUUCUCAGUUCUUCAUUACAACUGUCAAGACUCCAUGGCUUGAUGGGAAACACGUGGUGUUUGGCAAAGUUCUGGAAGGCACGGAAAUUGUGCGAAAGAUUGAAUCCACUAAAACAGAUGGUCGGGAUAAACCACUUAAAGAUGUGGUGAUUGCAGACUGUGGAAAGAUUGAGGUGGAAAAGCCAUUUGCAAUUGCCAAAGAGUAACUUAAGUUGAGAGAAGCCCUUGCUGCCUACUGGGUAAUCACAGACCUGAGGACUUCCCUGAAAGCUCCAAGCUGUGUGUAUCCUGUAGCCUUCUUACUCUUCACUAAAAGAGGAUGAAAAAUAAAUCAUGACCAGAAGCUUCAGGCACAUAUCACAGGUCUGUCCUUUUACCCAUGAACUUCAGUUACUAAAAUGAGUGGCCAGAAGGUAAAUCCACUUUUGUCCCAAGGAUCAGGAACAAAUAAUUGAAUUAAACAUUCCAUCCACUACAUAUUUGUACUCAAAUUUGAAAUGGACAUGUACAAUAACCGUUGGGUCGAAUAAAAACCAUUUCUAUUA